AUGCAUGGGAGGGGCGCAUCCAAGCGGCCGCUGGACCAGGGAACAAGGCCCCACCCGAGCCACCAGCCGAAAAAGAGGCCUCGGCGGCCGGGGCACGCAGGCUGGUCGGGAAAUGCGGCGCGAGAUUCGCGCGACUCUGACGUCAGUCCGGGCAACAUCGUCCUGCCCGAUCAUGCCCCGGCGCCAAGGGCGCCGCCCUCUCAGCGCCCUUCGGCUGCGCGGCCACGCACUCUGAGGCCGCUGUAUCACGACGCCUUGACGAACACCAGCGUCAGCGGCACGGUGCCCGCUCGCUUGCCGCAGUCGACACCGAGAUCCCCGCCGCCUGCUGUGGGCGUCGGGAGGGUAGCCGCUCCCGGGGCUGUGGACAUGCAGCUUGGGCCACCGCCUGCGGCCGUGGGACCCUCUGCUGGCGGCUCUCCCCAGCCAAGAAUGGCCCUUCUGCAGCAUCCUGCCACCAUGCCCGUCGUGAGGUUCUGCCCAGCAGAAGGGGCACCCUGGACACAUCCAAGUGCCCCACAUUCCCCAUUGGGGUGUCCAAGACCGCCGCAGCACAAUUCGAUGCCCGUCCAGAAGCCCUGUGGACCCAGCACAGUCCUGUGUACGCCUGCAAGGCUAGGGAGUGGUCCACCAGGGAGUGGGGCACUGGGGAGUGUCGUGCCUGGCAUGGGCCCAGUGCCAUGUGUUGUGCAGCAACAAGGCUCCCCAUGUGCCAACCCCCAGUCUGGGAGUCCAGUUAAUCGCCCAGCUGGCAGAUUGGAGCGCAUCAGCGGGAUUGAUGUCAUUCGCAGGUUUGGAUAUGGCAGUGAUGGGGCCACUGCAACAAGCUCAGGCAGUGGACAGCUGGGGCAAUUUGCCACUGGCAAAGGUGGUCAGCAACACAGUCAGCCACUGCACAGUGCGCCCAGGAGACAGAGGGUGUCUAGGUGGGAACAACCGGCAACACCAGCACAGCCAAGGGAUGCUGGAAGACCAGAUGGGAAUCUUCACUCACAGGGCAAGGCCAAGAUGUUCAAUUCCAGGGUGCCUGGUGGCCCUCCUGGGGCAGUCAACGGCAGAAAGGCUGGGACCCCAAGGCAGCCUUAUGGCUUGGACGAAAAUGGGAGGAGUGAAGCUGUGAAGCAGCACAUUCCACGAACUGGUGCACGGCCUGCACAAUCUGUGCCCAUUCACGCCAUGUCCACUGGAAGCAAUGCAAUACCUGGUGGCAAAAGCACAGGGAUGCCGGCAGCUCCCUUGGUGUUAGCUGGUAAUAGGGGAGUGCACCCACAUGUCACUGGGCCACAGCUGCAAUACAAACCUGGCACAGUGGUGCAGCAGACAAUGUUGGCUUGCAAUGAGUCUGUGGGCAUUCCUGGCCUUCAGCCAGAAUCCCCUGACCUUGAAGAGGUGUUGCUCACAUCAAAGGAUGACGAACCUGAAGAAUAUAGUGAACUGUUUGGAAGGCAAGACAGCCCAUCCUACAUACCUGGCCUGGACGUUGCUGGAGAACGAUGGCAGCAGGAUACCAUCAGUGCCCAGCCCAUGAGUUCAAAUGCCCCACAGUCAAAUGGCGCACAGAUUCCUGGACUCGAAAGUGGCAAUCACUGUGCGAGUGCACAACAUGGCGUCAUCGAAGAAGCUGUUGUCAUUCCAGGUCUACCAGGGACUACCAGGCACCUCGAUGGCAGUCAAUGGGGACAGACUGAGAACAAGAAGACACAAAACGAUCAUAGCACUAAGGAUGCUCGACAAUGGCAUGUGCAAAUCCAGGGAGUCGAUUCCGACCUGGGAUCCAAUGGUGCCAGUGACACUGCAAGAAUGAACGAAGUGAGUGGUGGCCGUGGGGCAGGGUCGUUGCCUCCUGUUGUCAUCAUCUGGGAUUUGGAUGAGACCCUGAUUCUGUACCAAUCGCUCUUGAGUGGAGAGUUCAUGAUGGCGAACCCACAGCUAAGACAUGACGCACUCAAAAGUUUGGGGGAGUUCUGGAAGAAGGCCAUCUAUCAGGUGAUGGAUGAGCACAUGUUCUUCCGGCAGAUUGAACACAUGGAUCAAAUGACUGCCACUGCACUCAUGAACCAUGACGAUGGAGCUGGGCUCAUGGACUACAACUUUGGCACUGAUCAUCUGUGUGGCCUCUUUCAAGAGGGCAGCCAGCAGAAACUGGCAUACAGGUACCGCCUCAUUCGACAAUUUUAUUCAAAAGGCUUGGAAGGUGCAGGUGUCCCAUUGAAGCUGCAAAUGGAAUGGCACAAGUUGUAUCAAGAGACGAAUCGGGAGACACAAGGCUGGCUCGAUUUCGGUCGGAAGUUCUUGCAGGCCAUGGUGGAGCAUGGAGCGCCAAUGGGCACAAGUCAACGGAGGCCAGUCGUUAAUGUGGUGGUGUCAUCAGGACAACUGAUCCCUACACUGGCGAAAAUCAUGCUUUUCCGCCUGAAUGCGUUUUUCCAGAUCGAAAACAUCUACAGCUCAUGGGGCUCAUCAAAGAUCGAUUGCUUUUCUCUGAUUAAGAACAAAUUCGGGACAAACUGCAGCUAUUGUGUCGUGGGGGAUGGCCACCUGGAGGAUGAGGCAGCAAAGGCGUUCGGAUGGCCGUUCAUUCGAGUCACCAUUGGCAAGUCGCCUGUGGAUACCACCAGACUACCAGAUGCCUUGGGAAGGGCGGGAACGCCGUUCACUUCGCUCACUGUGGAGGACGUUUUUUUGUUGACCAGACUGUGA